AUGCUCUACCGCUCCGCCCUGGAGGAUGAUACACAAUCAUUCCAUCCCCGCCGUCCCUCGGUCCCCAUGACCGAAGCGUCCUCCGGACCGCUGCCGCAUCGACCAGCAUCGCGCCUCGCUCGAUCACCACAUCCAUCGGGAAUAGGAGGAGGCGGAGGAGGUGUCGGUGGAGGAGGUGCUGGCAAGAUCGCCUCCGCAAGCCCCGAGCGAGCAAUCGCCUGGACACCCUCGAGUCCGAUCAAAGAAGGGCUGGGAAGCCUCAAUCGUUGGUCACAAUCGACCUCCUCCAGCCAAAGUCCCUCGGAAUACGUGGGUCACCGUCGCGACAGCUCCAAAUUCUCCCUCGCCAAUUCCGCCCAUAGCCCCUACCGAUUCGCAACCCGGGUCGAAUUGCCCGAAGUGACGGUACCUGAGCUGCGUGCAUCACAAAUGUUUGGGUCCGAUCAGGCCACUCCUCGGGUCGAUUUGUCGUUUGCAUCCACCGACCACGACCAUGACCACGACAACUACCACGAUUCCAUGAUCCUAGGCCAUGUGCCGUCGCAUUAUGACUCUCCGAUCGUGCACCCCAGUGACGGCGGUAUUCUGGCAGACGGAGACGGAGACGGAGACGCAGAAUCUCGACAGCAUGGAGCGACACAGAAGGCGAUGCUCUCAAAGGCACUCCAAAAGGCUAACACGGCCGUUUUGCUGGACAAUGCCGCCAACUUUGAGGGCGCCAUGGACGCAUACACGGAUGCUUGCCAACUCUUGCAGUUGGUGAUGCUGCGAAGUAAUGGAGGCGAUGAGGAGAGGCUCAAACUUCAAGAAAUCCGUGACACUUACAUGACCCGAAUCACCGAACUUCGGCGCAUGGACUUUUCAAUAUUGGAAUCCGACGGCAAGGCGCUCCCCGAGCGUCCACUCAGUCAAGAGUCCUUCGGGGAACUUCUUCACGCCGUUGCGACUGUACAGGAUGAUUCGUAUGCAGAUAGCCCAAACAGCUCUUCUCAUUCUAGCUUGCGCCUGCAGGCGGCCUUUGAAGAACCUCGGCCUUUGCCUUUCGACGCAAUCCCCCCUCGACGUCAAUCCUUACGACCUGCGGCGCACUCGGGCAGAACGACCCCGGCGGGCUUGGGUAACAACUUGGCGGCCUACAGCAAUCCGGCUUUUCUGGAGCCCGCAGCGCCGUUUGAGACGAAUGAGACGACCUCGUGGCUCGACACGAUUGACGAGUCUGGUGCUUCGUCCCCGUCUUCCACCGAUUCCAAAGCCUCUUCGGUGUAUUUGCGCCGACGAACCAGCCGCCGCCUCAGUACCGACACCGAGGCCGAAUUCGACGCGGCGUUGGACGCUGCUGUCGAGGCAGCCUAUGAUGAUGGGUUGGAGCCUGUGACGGAGUAUCAAGACGAAGAAGGCGAUAGCGUGGUUGCCAACGCGCGCCGAAAUAUUGAGCUUGCGAAGCAACGGGUUCGGGAGGCAGAAUUAGAAGCCGAAGCCGCCAUGAGCCGCGGUCAAGACACUCGUCACCUUCACGAGCAGUAUCUCUUGGAUGAAACAGGAGGGGCCACUCUGGAGUAUCUGGAUGAAGAAGCCGAAGAGGAAGAGCGACUGCUGGAGGAGAUGACCAAGGGCUAUGUCAUGGAUGAAUUUGAAUUUGGCCUCCAGUCCAAAUCAGCCUUGCCUCGUGAAUCCGACUCGAGCAACACCUCCGCACGCACUUGGGAGAGCUCAAAUGGGUCGAAUAUCACGGGGCCUGGUGGUCUGGCAUUGUCUACACUCACGGAAGACGAAGACGACGACGAGGAUGUUUUGCCCCCGCAAUACCUUGAUAAGAACGUCCUUCCCACUGCCCCUCCACCCACGGCAGCUCUGCCCCCGAUUCCUGUCUCGUCUGAUUUUCCCGACCUGCCACCACACCGCGCAUCCGUUUCAUCACCAUCACCACCCCCUCCGCCCCCGAUGGGACCGCCCCCCGUGCCCGGAGUUCGUGCUCGAAGACUAUCAGGCCAGGCCUCUACUGAACUCAAAAUCGAGACUGGCUCGCAUACCCGCAGUGCCUCCUCGGUAUCGAACGUUGACCCUUUCACGAUUCCCCCAACAAAACCUGCACACACCAACGUCAGAGACGAAGCCUCACAAGAGCCCUCACGGUCGACAACACCUAAUUUGCGAGCCGGAAAUGUUCAUUCCACAUCCCGACGCAAUCCUUCGAUUGGAUCCUUUGUGGACCACAUCAACCUGGUCAAGACUCGCACGCAAGACGACGACGAAGGUGGUUUGUCUGUUCUGCCGGCCACGGCACGUCCGAUGGGUAAAGUGCCCUCUGCUCCUGAUGGUCUGGAUAAAGUUGGUGCUACUACCAAGUCGUUCCGAAAUCGCAAUGUCUCUGUACCAAUCCCCGACACUGCGCCCGUCUCCCCCACAACUCCUUGGAGCGGCUCCUUUUCGUCACAGGAAACUCAGAAAGCCAGCGGCAUCCCCAGCGUGCCGGUUCUCCCGACUCCCACAGUGCCUCUCUUUACUCAGAAUGGCCUGCCCACAGGUGGUCUCGAUCUUUUCAACUGUGAGAUCCAUUCCCCUACCUCGCUGGGUCGCCCGAAUCUGCUCGUGCACAAUGCGCCGCUCCCCUUGGAGCCUUGUCCUGAAUCAUUCCUCCUGCGCCCAUUCUGGCUCAUGCGCUGUCUGUAUCAGACCCUCUCACACCCCCCUUGGUGGCUAUCUCUCUACGAAGCUCUUCAUCCCACGCGACGUCUGGCGCCCCUCUUGAAAUUGGCUCAGGUGGACAUGUACGAUGCGGAUGCCGUCUUGGAAGAGAUGCAAUCUUUCGAGAACAUUCUUGACCAAGCCCAGAUUGUGCUGUCGAAGAAGCUGGGCAACGAAGUUGGUGUUCAUGCUGCGAUCCCGCAGCUCAAGCAACACGCCUCAUUCGACGAUGCGGCUCCAUUCGAGGUCCCUUCAGUCAAAUCGUCAAGCACGUCCAGCAAGUCUUACCGGCCGACGUGGAAGCGACUGCGUUCCAAAACCUCGGGCAUUCCCACGGUGAGCUCAUUCUCGACUGCCCGGGAUACCAGCAAAGAACAUUUGACCAUGACUUCUGUUCCAAUGACUGCCGCCCCAGUGGAUCAAAGCCGACGGACUGUCACUUCAUUGGACUUUUCUGGUCCGAAUUCCCAUUACAUGGGUGCUCUGGCGCGGCUAUUCGACGCCGCUCAGAUCUUGGACCAAAUCGCCCAACAAGUCGAAGAUCCAGGUCUCAAGCAUUCCUCGCCAACACAUGUUGGUCUUGAGCUUUGUACACGUCAUGCUGCAGAGUUCUUUGGUUUCUACAUUUGUCGCUUUGCUUUAGCCGAUGUCGGCCUGAUGCUGGAUAAAUUCAUCAAGCGAGGCAGCGAAUGGGUUAUGAUCUAA